AUGGCAUCGAUGCAAACAAGCCUGGCGUCAGCUUUCUGCAACAACAGAAAUCAAUUCCCCACAACUUCUUUCCUUCAUGGGGUUGAGAUGAUCAACUGCCAUGUCGCUAGCAUGAUGAGGAAGAAGGAGAUGAUUUCUCCUGCUUCUUCCUUGCGGCGGCCGAAGGCCACGCUAACAUUUGAUCCCUCGACUGCCGAUCAAGAAAAGGUUAUGCAGCGCAAGCACACGGCGGAUCCAAGUGCUCCUAAUUUUCUCCCUCUUCCGUCCUUUGAGGAAUGCUUCCCCAAGAGCUCCAAACAAUACACGGAAGUGAUGCACGAGCAAUCUGGUCGUGUUCUGCGAGUUCCGUUUAGGCGCAUCCACCUGUCAGGAGACGAGCCGCAUUUCGACACCUAUGACACUAGUGGUCCACAAAACAUCAGCCCACACAUUGGGCUCCCCAAAUUGCGCAAGGACUGGAUCGAAAAAAGAGAAAAAUUGUGCGGGCCAAGGUACACCCAGAUGUUCUACGCCAAGCGAGGCAUGAUAACCGAGGAAAUGGCCUUUUGCGCUGCCCGCGAGAAGCUCGACCCGGAGUUCGUCCGGGCUGAGGUCGCCCGUGGCCGUGCUAUCAUCCCCUCCAACAAGAACCACCCGGAGCUCGAGCCCAUGAUCAUCGGCCGCAACUUCCUGGUAAAAGUCAAUGCCAACAUUGGCAACUCAGCCGUUGCCAGCUCGAUCGAGGACGAGGUCCACAAGCUACAAUGGGCCACCAUGUGGGGAGCGGACACCAUAAUGGACCUCUCGACUGGCCGCCACAUACACGAGACUCGGGAAUGGAUCCUACGCAACUCCCCCGUGCCAGUCGGGACCGUCCCCAUCUACCAGGCUCUUGAGAAAGUCCACGGCGUGGCCGAGAAUCUUACGUGGGAGGUCUUUAGGGAUACUCUAAUUGAGCAGGCCGAGCAGGGUGUCGAUUAUUUCACGAUACAUGCUGGUGUACUGCUCCGUUACAUCCCGUUGACUGCAAAAAGGAUGACUGGGAUCGUUUCUCGUGGUGGCUCGAUUCAUGCUAAGUGGUGCCUGGCCUAUCACAAGGAGAAUUUCGCGUACGAGCAUUGGGAUGAGAUACUGGAUAUCUGCAAUCGGUAUGACGUAUCUUUGUCGAUAGGGGACGGGCUGAGGCCUGGCUCAAUUUACGACGCGAAUGAUACUGCUCAGUUUGCGGAGCUGUUGACUCAGGGGGAGUUGACUCGUAGGGCUUGGGAGAAGGAUGUGCAGGUAAUGAACGAAGGCCCCGGGCACAUUCCCCUUCACAAGAUCCCGGAGAACAUGCAGAAGCAGCUUGAGUGGUGCUCAGAGGCUCCAUUCUACACUCUUGGCCCACUGACGACUGACAUCGCCCCUGGCUACGACCACAUAACCUCAGCCAUCGGGGCCGCCACAAUUGGCGCUCUCGGCACGGCUCUCCUCUGCUAUGUGACCCCUAAGGAGCAUCUCGGUCUCCCCAACCGAGAUGACGUCAAGGCUGGUGUCAUCUCCUACCGAAUCGCAGCCCAUGCUGCUGACCUUGCCAAGGCCCAUCCACUUGCUCAGGCCCGUGACGAUGCCCUCAGCCGGGCCCGAUUUGAGUUCCGUUGGGCCGACCAGUUUGCUCUCUCCCUCGACCCGUCCACUGCCAUGGCCUUCCACGACGAGACGCUGCCGGCUGAGGGGGCGAAGGUGGCGCAUUUCUGCUCCAUGUGCGGGCCCAAGUUCUGCUCGAUGAAGAUCACGGAGGACGUGCGGCGAUAUGCGGAGGAGCAUGGUUAUGGUGUGGAUGUGGAGGAAGCUUUGAAGGGAGGUAUGGAGGCUAUGAGUGCUGAGUUUUUGGCUGCAAAGAAGACAGUUAGCGGGGAGCAGCAUGGGGAGGUCGGUGGGGAGAUCUACUUGCCCGAGGAGUACGUCAAGUCCACGAUGAGUUAG